AUGCCUCCUCCGCCGAUACAAGGAGGACCUUUACGCAGUAAUCAAGACAGUAUGACGAGAUGGGGGACAAUCAACAAUCAGUAUACAUUCGCCUUCCCGAUUACCAUAUGGAUUGUUAGACCCGACCAUCCUUCGUCUGCUGGACCGUCAAGGUUACUAUUCAUUCCGACGGGCCAGAAAUCAAAGUAUCGACUCAAUAGAUUGGAGCCUGCCUCGCAAGCAUAG